ACACAGCCCCGUCAACCACCGUGAAAAGGGUUGGUGCCUCGUGCACUCCUCCCUUCCUCUUCUCCUCGAUGGGGAAGUCGUCAUCCCCCUCGCCGCCCUCGUCACCAUCACCCCCAAUGGAUAUAGAGAAGGGCACCAGGAUGCGCCGUCCCGCCCAUCACCAUUUUCCGCCUCCACCGCCUCCGAAGCAGUGGUUCUCGUGGAUCGUCCCGGUCAUCUUCUUGGCCAACAUCGGGCUCUUCGUGUACACGAUGUACGUCAACGACUGCCCCAGAAAGGAGCCUGUGGGUUGCACCUUGUAUCCUCUGCUAGGGAGGUUCUCUUUUCAGCCAUUGAAGGAGAACCCUCUCUUAGGUCCCUCCGUCAUCACGCUGGAAAGACUCGGAGGCCUCGAGCGAAAACUUGUGGUGGAAGAUGCUCAAGGAUGGCGAAUGAUAUCCUGCAUAUGGCUUCAUGCGGGAGUCUUACAUCUGGCUACUAACAUGUUGAGCCUCAUGGUUGUUGGCAUAGGACUCGAGCAAGAGUUCGGAUUUCUGAAAAUCGGAGCUUUAUAUGUGCUCUCUGGCUUGGGGGGAAGCUUGUUAUCUACACUUACCAUCGAUGGAGACUCGAAAAUAUCAGUCGGGGCAUCCGGUGCUCUUUUUGGACUGUUGGGAGCUAUGCUUUCUGAGCUGAUCACAAACUGGACCAUUUAUGCGAAUAAGUGCACAGCUCUUUUCACUCUAGUGAUUGUUGUUGCCAUAAAUCUGGCCAUCGGGCUUCUCAUACCUCAUGUGGACAACUCAGCGCAUAUUGGAGGGUUCAUCUCCGGGUUCCUUUUAGGGUUUGUUCUCCUGAUUCGUCCCCAAUUCGGGUAUGUAAGCAGGAGGUACAUCCCCGAUGGAUACGACGUGAAGCACAAAAAGUCCAAGCAUAAGAGCUACCAAUAUUGCUUAUGGGUCACGGCUUUGAUCCUCUUAGUUGCAGGAUAUGCUUCAGGAUUGGCUAAGCUGUUCAACGGCCAGGUUCUGAAGACAAUGCCAUUUUAGAGAAUGGAUGAUGCCAUUGUUUCGAUCCCGCCACCUCUUCUUUGAGCAAAACAUCAGGUUACAUGCUUCCCUGCGCAUAUCAACAGAAAGCAACACAAUCAGGAGACUGGUGAAGCGGCUAUCAGAAGACAGUUUGGAAGACUGAUAGUUUCUGUACCCAAUAAUGCAAAACAUAUGUCUACUUGAUCAUGUUACGCAUAAUAACUCGCUCGAAUUUGGCUUUUCUUCUCGAGGAGCAGGAGUUAAAGGGCGGUUCGGUCUCCAGUUAUAGAUAGACAUUUACCCUCUGCCUUAACUUUUCAAGUUCGUUC